GCGAGGUCCCCGACCCGGAAGCUGCCCGAAGCAUCGUUUAGCAGACGCUUGAAGGAUGGCCUCAGAUCUAGAACAGUUAUGCUCUUACGUUAAUGAGAAGAUUGACAAUAUUAAGAAAAUUCUCACGAUAAGAAAUCUUGGCCAAGCACCUUCCUUGAAGACCACCUUAAGUAAAAUAGAAGAUGAGAUCAUUACAGUAAAUGAAUUUCUAAAUAAUCUUGAGUUGGAAAUUCAGUAUCAAGAACAAACCAACAAGUCACUUAAGGAGCUCUGUGUAUCUCUUGAAGAGGAUUUGAAAGAUGUAGAGCAUCUCAAAGAACACAUUCCGUCCCAUUUGCCACAAGUGACAGUCACCCAGAGCUUGAUUGACAAAUCCGAUCUGGAUCCUAAAGAGCCAGUCAAAUCUAAGGAACCUGUCCUGGCAAAGAAGCCUCCCAGAGAACAGAGAAUUAUAAAGGAAAUGCAGUUUAUAACCACUGAUGAAUUCAAUGGUGUUCCUUCGUACAUGAAAUCCCGUUUAACAUAUUGUCAAAUUAAUGAUGUUAUUAAGGAAAUUAAUAAGGCAGUGGUUAGUAAAUACAAGAUUAUAUAUCAACCAAAAGCAUCUUUGAGUUCUGUGAAGAGAAAUCACUACCAAAGGUUUAUUAAUGAAGAAACAAAGGACACGAAAGGUCAUUAUUUCAUUGUGGAAGCUGACUUAAAGGACUUUACGAACUUGAAAAUUGACAAGAGGUUAUAUGUGAUCUUGAACAUCUUGCGGCAUUGCCAAAGGCUGUCAGAGGUUCGAGGGGGAGGACUUACCCGAUAUGUCCUAAUCUGAGACUUUUGCAGGCUUGGGACUGUCUGGCAAUAGGGUAUAGAGCAUAG